AUGACGAAGCCAUCGAGAGUCGAUCGUGAGGAUCGCCGCGACCGUCACAGAGACAGAGACGGCCACCGCGACCGCGACCGCGAUCGUGAUAGAGAUCGCGAACGGGAUCGUAGACGUUCAAGAUCACCCGACCACCGCGGGGGGCAUCGACGGGGGGACAUGGUCGAUGUAGACCCCUAUUCCUCCAGUCGCAAUCACCGUGACAGAGAGCGAGAGGACAGGUACUCUGGGCGCGAUCGUAGGGCAGAGCGAGAGUGGGACCGUGAUCGUGGUCCCUCGCGCCGGGACGCUCGCCGCGACGACGACGAGAGGCCAGCUAGACGAGAGCGAGACGGCUUUGAUGACCGUCGCCGGGGUGGUGGAGGUGGCGGUCCGGAUAGACGCGAUGACGGCGGCCUUGCCAGACAACAAGAGGCCCGCAGAAGCCCUACACCACCGCGACCACGAGAACCUACUCCUGACUUGACUGAUAUCAUAUCGGUUUUGGAACGUAAGAGAAGAAUGACUCAAUGGGACAUUAAGCCACCUGGGUACGAUGCGGUCACGGCCGAGCAAGCGAAGCUAUCGGGCAUGUUCCCCUUGCCUGGUGCUCCGCGCCAGCAGCCAAUGGAUCUCACCAAACUACAAGCCUUCAUCAAGGAGCCAAAUGGCGGUGUUUCGAGCGCCGGUCUCAAGGCCAAUAACUCUAGGCAAGCAAAGCGAUUGAUCGUCUCCAACAUUCCCCCGGAAAUCAGCGAAGAAAGCUUGAUAUCCUUCUUCAACCUUGAGCUUAACGGCUUAAACGUUAUUGAGAGCUCGGAUCCCUGCACUCUGUGUCAGUUCUCCGGGGACCGGUCCUUUGCGUGUCUGGAGUUCAGGAAUGCCAUUGAUGCGACGGUAGCUCUUGCCCUAGAUGGUAUAUCCAUGGAAGCCGACGACGCUCUUGAUGGUUCAGAUGCUGAGCAGCAGGGCUUGACUAUUCGACGUCCAAAAGAUUAUGUCAUGCCAGCCAUUCCUGAACACUGGGGUUCUGAUCCAGAUAUGGUUUCAAACGUCGUCCCCGACACGGUGCACAAGCUGUCGAUCACAAACAUACCAUCUUUUCUCACAGAGGACCAGAUUAUUGAGCUUCUAGCUGCAUUUGGCAGGCCAAAGGCCUUUGUGCUGGUCAAGGAUCGCAGCACUGAAGAAUCACGGGGAAUCGCUUUCGCAGAGUAUCUGGAGCCUGGCAUUGCCAACGAACCCGCAUUGAACGCUUUGAACGGGAUGGAUGUCGGUGGAAAGAAGCUCAAGGUCAGAAAGGCCAGUAUUGGCCCUACCCAAGUAGCCAACUUUGAUGUUGGCAUUACUGCCAUCAGCGGCCUUGCCUCUCAAAGGUCCCUCCACGCUGGGAAGGGACGUGUUCUUCAACUUUUGAACAUGGUCACACCAGAAGAGCUCAUGGACAACGAAGAAUAUGAAGAAAUUUGCGACGAUGUUCAGGAUGAGUGCUCCAAGUUUGGGACUAUUCUCGAGAUAAAAAUUCCUCGACCCAUUGGUGGCAGCAGACAGUCUGCCGGUGUAGGCAAGAUAUUUGUCAAGUUUGACACACCAGAGUCUUGCUACAAGGCUCUGGCAGCUCUGGCCGGAAGAAAAUUCGCAGAUCGAACGGUUGUCACGACAUAUUUCCCCGAGGAGAAUUUCGACGUGAGCGCCUGGUAG